ACAUCUCUCCUGCAAGCUAGCUGAGCCCGAGGAGGCCCAUUCCCGGACACUAGAUUAUUUUUCUUACUUAUAAAUAGGAGCUGUCCCGUGUGCCUCUUCAGUCUGUGAAGUGUGGAGCACACAGCCAGGCUUUGAGCCAUGAGGAAUCAAAUGAAUGAGUUAUUUGUGUGGAUCUUAAUGCUGCUUAUAAAUAGUGUUUCUGGUGCAAGCGGGAAACAGUACACCUCGGCUGUGGGAGACCCGGGAAUGAGAAGAGAUGAACUGAGAGUGGCCUUUGAAGCUUGGAACUUCUGUAAUGAAGUUGGUGCAGAAGCUCCUGGCAUGGGUAGCCCAAGAGCUGCUGAUUGUUUUGAUCUCAGAGGUUCUUCUCUGGAACACAGAAUAAGAAAAAUUGAUAACAAACUUGGAGUUGGCACACCAUUCCCAGGGUUGAGUCCAGUGGCUCUAAACAAUGCAGACCUUUAUGCAGCACACAAGGAGCUCUAUCUGGGUUCUUUAUGUGAGGUUGAAGAUUUCCCAAAACCAUGGCAGUUUUGGAUGGUCAUGCUUAAAAAUGGAAACUUUGACACCAUGUCUGGUUUAUGCCCUGCUAAUGGGGCAAAGAUACCACCUUUUAGGUCAGAAAGUUUUCCUUGCUUUGGAAAGGGGUGUAUGAAUCAGCCAACCUUCAGCCAUUCAGAGACUGCUUUGUUGGAUGGCAAUAUAUUGAGAGGAGGUUUUAGUGGUACUUAUGAUUUGGGUUCUGAUCCUAACAAUGGACUUGAUGGGAUAUCUUACUAUGAAGUUGUUUGGGAAAAGAAAGUCGGUGCUGGAAGUUGGGUAUUCAAGCAUAAGCUUAAGACUUCAAAGAAGUACCCAUGGUUGAUGCUGUACCUUAGAGCGGAUGCAACCAGAGGAUUUUCUGGAGGCUACCGUUACGACACAAGAGGAAUGCUCAAAACUCAUCCAGAAUCACCAAACUUCAAGGUGAAAUUGAAUUUGGAUAUCAAAAAAGGAGGAGGACCCAAGAGCCAGUUCUACUUGAUUGAUAUAGGAAGCUGCUGGAAGAACAAUGGGUUGCCUUGUAAUGGGGAUGUCCUGACUGAUGUAACCAGAUACAAUGAGAUGAUAAUAAACCCAGAAACUCCUGCUUGGUGCAGCCCUACAGGAUUGGUGAACUGCCCACCUUACCAUAUUACUCCUGAUGACAGAAAGAUUUACAGAAAUGAUACUGCUAAUUUCCCAUACUCGGCAUACCACUAUUACUGUGCUCCUGGGAAUGCCCAACAUUUGGAGCAUCCUGUGAGCCUUUGUGAUCCUUACAGCAAUCCUCAAGCGCAAGAGAUAGUUCAGUUGUUGCCUCAUCCCAUAUGGGCUGACUAUGGCUAUCCAACCAAACAAGGGGUUGGUUGGAUUGGAGAUGGCAGAAGUUGGGAGCUUGAUGUUGGUGGCCUUUCCAGCAGGCUUUACUUCUAUCAGGAUCCUGGCACCACUCCUGCUACAAGGGUAUGGACAUCAAUAGACGUUGGCACUGAAAUUUUUGUCAGUGACGAAGACGAAGAGGCAGAAUGGAUUCUAAGUAACUUUGACGUCCUUCUCACAUAAAUUUCAACUUGAUUAUUGUUUCCAUCAUUUUCCAUCUCAGACUCAUCAAAAAAUCAUUUUCCAUCUCAGAAAUACAGGAUUUGCCCUCAACAUCAGUGAACCUAAACAAGCCCGUAAGGGCAUGUUUUUCUGAUUAAUAAAUAGUUUACAUUUCUUAUACCAAGUUCAUGUUGUGAAAUUAUAUGAUAAUUUGAUAUUAAAAAUGAUAAUGCAAUCUGAAAAAUGAUUGGAUUUGGAUUUGGAGGUUUUGGUGUUUUGGCUGUUUUGGAUUCACAAAUUGUAGAGUUGUCAUUUAAGAAUGUAUAGCAUAUAUGGACCUACCAUGUGGGUGCCAGGAUGUGGGGUGGCCACCAAACCUAACCUUCCACAUCCAAACAAAGACCCGUCUACGCCACGCCGGAUCUACCAAUUCGUAAUUUGCUUAAUUAAUUAAUUAAUUUUGUAAAAAGUCGAAACUGAAAACUGGAGUGUGUUAAGAGUAUAUAAUGAGAUUGACCAUUUGAUGUUGGGUUGGCCCAAAUGAGAUGAAUCCUAAUUAUCUCAUUUCAUGGGCUUUUGAGUUUGAUGUUUCUUAAAUUUUUAGUAAGGAGAAAUGCCAGUGGAUCCUUUCGUCUAGUCAAAAGUUGUUAUCUAGGGGGAAAAAAAGAAAAAAAAAAAAAAAAAAAAAAAAAGAAUAGGAAAUGCAAAUCAAGCAAGCAAACCAAACAACCUCUUGCAAAUCCCUGCCCUAUACAAGUUCAACUACCAGAUGAUGCUGUAUUUUGUGUAGGGUUGCAUUUUCUUAUUUUAUUCUAAUCCGCUUGGGAAUCUUUUGCUCAAAAGUAGAGGAAACGAAUAUUUAUAUGGUGGAAUAUUGUCCACAUAAAACACAAAAGGAUCCUGAAUCCAUACAUGGUAAUUUGUCAAUUGACUUCAUGAUGGAGAGGAGUCUUUGAUAACAGAAUGCUGCUUUUGUCCUAGAAUCAGUUGGAAGGAAGCUUAGCAGUUAGCAGUUAGCAGUUAGCAGCUAGCAGCAGUUAUCCAAAUUUUUGUUGUGCCUUUUCUCCCCGUAGAAUGUAGAUCCAAUGUUGUUUUGUUGCCCAUAAUUUGGCUCGUUUUGCCCUUACUAUUGAUAGUUUCUGUGUCGGGUUGGAACUUGGAAGAGGGCCCUUCUUCACUCCAGUACUCUUCGAAUAAUGAUGCAUUUGAUGUAGUAGUACAGUACAGGUUGGGGUGCAGUACAUAUAAUUUUGGGCUUUCAUCAGAUAUUUAUUUUUAAUAUGUUUUAAAUUUAGUACGAGAUUGUAGUACACGGUGAGCUUAGUGAACUGGGUGGACAGUACAUGUUUGUACGAUUAGUCUCGCAUGUUUAUAUAUAUAUUAUAUAUAUAUAUAACUAUAAAUAUAUGCGUAGAAUGAAAAGGCUGAUGAAGAAAUUGAUGAAAUUCAAAGCGAAAUUGUGGAAUGACAGGCAAUUUCUUGGUUCGGUGGCAAACAAAUAUAGAGGUAAACGUUGAAAUCCAUGGAUGGAGAAAAAAAGAGAAAUGGGUUUGGAAAAUAAAAAGACAGGGAAGCGGCAGAGCAUGGAUGGAGCCAUCACCAGAAUGCGGAAAGCUGUUGUGGCUCUACUCAUGCACUGCCUCUUCCCUGGCUUGCCAUAUCAUAUCAUUCCUCUCUUUCUUUUUCCCUCCUAAUUCAUUUUCUUAUUUAUCUAUUUAUUUUUAAUUAACUCACUCUUGCUUUGGUACAUAAUAUUUUUUUUUUCCCCCUUUUCUUUAUUACUUUUGGAGGCACAUCAAGAUUGAGAAGCAGCCAAAAGCACAGGUCUUAACCAGAUACAACAAAUUACAUGUGGUUUUGGUUUGGUUUAGUAAAAGUUAUAGAGGGAGGGAUUUCAUAAUUCAUAGGCCUUCAUGGUCAAAAAUCCAACCGCAGCUCAAUGUGGUCGAUACCCAGACACCACGCGGAGCGGAGGAGCUUUGCAUAGUUUGCAGUAGUAAUGAAGAAAUGAUUUAGGAAAAGAUAGCAUAGUUAUGUUUACUCUUUUUUUUUUUUUGGGGUAAUGGCAUAGUUAUGUUUGCUAGUAAUUAAAGUUGUGACUUGUUCAUGAUUUAUACUCAUUUCUUAUAUGACAUUCUUAAUUUCAUUACUAGUGGUUGUUUGUACUUUGUA